AUGCGUCUCUACGAAAUCGACCGGAGAGGUGCUGAGAACCCGUUCCCCAUGGACUCGCAACAACAUUCCGACCCUGCGUCGUCCCGGCAGUUGCCACAGUCACUGCCAGACUCGGGCCUACAGAGCAUCCUCGAAUCCGAAAUUCCUGGGGGCUGGGCACUGGAUGACCCUACUGCUGACUGGAGUGCCUUGAACGAUUUCUAUUUUUGCUCGUCCGAGCCCACCAAUCUAGAUUGGCCCCAAUGGGCGGGUCUUGAAACCAAUCAAGAUCUCACGUCGCCUACCGGGGAGAAUAACGCAGAGCCUCACACAGGCCAUAUCUCAACCCAACCCUUUCAAGAUCUACAGGAUGGGAGCUCUACUUCUGAACUCCACCUUCGAAGUAUUGGAAAUGUUUCCCAGUGGCUUGAUGGAGCUUACCGCCCCCCAGUCCCUUGCAGCCAUUGUCGCAAACACCGGCUUCAGUGUCUAAUUUUACGCACUACAUCGGCAAAUCCAAACCCGGUCACGUCAUGCUCAAGCUGUGUAGCUUUGUUCCGGGAGUGCAGUCUUGCCAAGGGAGAAAAGCGUGUCGCAGCUGGAUUUGAGACCUACACCCCAGUUUUAGGCCAUCUGCAUGGCCUGCCUGAGCACACGGAGAAUAUCGAUGGAGAUUUGCUGUCUAACUCUCAUUAUGGAGAGGAACGAAAAGAAUCCAAACAAUUCGUUCGGAAGGGUGCACGAGUCCUACGGGAAUGGUUCUAUCAGCACCAGGAAUUUCCUUAUCCCGAUGAUGAUGAGAAAGCCCGACUCUCUCGUGAGACAGGCUUCUCUCAAAAGCGAUUGUCUACAUGGUUUGCCAACGCUCGCCGGCGGCAAAAGCAGAAAAUUCAAUCACACAAUCUUGCAUCUACCACCUGCAUCCGGGCCGGCUCCCCUCUCGUCACGAGCACGCUGAGCUCCAUGACUCCAAUGGAGCGAUGGCAAGCAUCACCACCAGAGGACGAGUCUGUCCCUGAAUCAGCCAUCCAAGAAGCUAUAGCUUCUGGUGAUUCCGACGCUCUGAUGGACCCGUUCCAAUUUGAUCGCUCUCCUAUGGAUCUAUUCAACUUCGACGAGACAUCCUCCCAUCUUGCAUCAUCUAUCUCGAGUGUGGGGAGUAGGGCCUCGGAGACUUCGGACAGCGUUUCGUCUGCAUGGAGCUAUCAGUCGGGUGGGGAAGGGGGAAGAAGCUCAUUCCCACGACCUUCACAGGCAAGACGACCUCGUCGCCGUGGGCAUUCACGCCAACAAUCCAACGGAGAAGAACACCAAUAUCAGUGCACUUUCUGCACGCAGUCAUUCAAAAAACGACAUGAUUGGACCCGCCAUGAAAAGAGUGUUCAUCUUCAACUGGAUUCUUGGGUGUGUACACCGAAUCUCAUCGAGCUACAACAGCAAUGGAGUGUUCAGCUAGUAGGCUGCUCCUUUUGCGAUACACCAUUCCCGACGCCUAAUCACUGGGAAGAGCAUGAAUUCCAGAUCUGUGCUGAGAAGCCUAUAGCCGAGCGCUCAUUCAGCCGGAAAGAUUAUUUAUGGCAGCACCUGCGAAAGUUCCAUGCCUGCACCAAACCCCCCGCUCCAGACCUUGAUGCAUGGCGUGGCACGGGGACAAAUGUUCAAAGUCGGUGCGGAUUCUGCGAGAUUACCAUGCCUACAUGGGCCGUUCGAGCUCAGCACUUGGCGGAGCACUUUAGGAAUGGGGCACGCAUGGAUCAAUGGGUUGGUGACUGGGGCUUGGACUCGGCGACCAUGGGCGUUCUCCGGAAUGCUGUUUUGCCAUCUCAGAGGGCGAUCGCCAGUCCCUCGACUUGA